AUGCCUUUAAUUACAAGACUGUUGUGCUGUGUCUUGAUCUUGGGACCUGGGUCCCUGUCUUUAGUUGUUCAUUCUCAUAAAGUUGUUUUACGAGUUUUUGAACAGGUGAAAAACAUUUUGCUCAUCAACCGCGUUGCCAUAGAACUAACCACUGGCUCAACAACAAAGCCAGCGGAUAAAGUUAACGUUGAUAAUGGUUUGUUCAUACCUUGA